AUGACCACCAGUUGCAUUUAUAAAGGCUGGCAGGAAAACCAAAACGCAUGCCCUGCUGCAAAACUCACGUGGAACAAGCUCCCUCCAAGGGCAGGAGCCGCGCGUGCCCCCGGCAGCCGAAGCAGACUUGCAACCGCGCAGGCAGCUCAGUUUGUGUGGGUGGACGCGCUGUGCAGCCACGACACCGCUGGCAGGCGCGCAGACAGCACCCACGGCGGCGGCGACCCGAGCGCCCAGCGCGAGCAGGCGGCUCCCUCGCUGAGUUGUUUAGGCGCUAACAAACUCUUUGUGCCAAAGGGUGAUGGACCAGUAAAAAUCACUGGGAAAAUUAAUGCCUUGUCCGACGGAGAUCAUGGCUUCCACGUCCAUGAGUUUGGGGACAACACAAAUGGGUGCACCAGUGCAGGUGCUCACUUCAAUCCCGAAGGCAAGCAGCAUGGUGGACCAAGUGACGAGGAAAGGCAUGUGGGAGACCUUGGCAAUGUGACUGCUAAAGGAGGGGUGGCAGAAGUGGACAUAGAGGAUAAGAUGAUUUCCCUGAGCGGGCCAUAUAGCAUCAUUGGCCGCACCAUGGUGGUCCAUGCAAAACCUGAUGACCUGGGUAAAGGGGGAGAUAAUGAGAGCAAAUUAACUGGAAAUGCAGGACCUCGUUUAGCUUGUGGUGUAAUUGGAUUAGCCAAGUGCUAAGUACUGCACCUCAAGUGCAA